AUGCGUCUAAAAACACUUCGUAAAGAGCGUCCAUCAUUUGAAAUUGAAGGUGCUAUAAUCAAUGGAAGUCGCAUGGAUAUAUCCAGUACGGAAUUAAAAGCGAUUAGACAUCGGUCUAAUAAUUUAGUUGCUUUACCAGCAUCUCUAGAUCCUGAACCAUCGAUUUUAAAUGUUUCACCAUUAGGUUAUGCUGAUGAAAUGCAUAACUAUUCUAGUGAGCACGCUUUCGUACCAGCACUACCUCAACCUUCAAAUCCCUCACCUUAUCAAACUAUUGAAGCUGCUUAUCUUGAACAUGGUAUUCGUAUACGUUUAAGUCCAACAAGAAUCACAACAACAGCAGGUCAACCAUCAGAAAGAAGAACUACUCAUAAUUUUCAACGACGCACAGCAUUUACUAGUCGAAAUCCGUAUCGUACAUCGAGUGUUCUUCAAUAUGCAACAUCUAAACAAGAUCAAUAUAGUGAAUCAAGAUCAUUUAGUGCAUUACAACAAAUCUCUUCUAAUGAUUUUGAACAAACAAAUGAUCAUAUUAAAUCGUAUGCUCAAUCAUCACAAAUCACCGAAGAGAUCAAUGAUGAUUAUUGUUCAUCAUUGAUGAAAGCCAAUGAAAGUGCUAAUUCUAUGGAUUCACCAGAAAUAUUUUCUACUACAGAUGGUAUAACAUCAUCAACAACAUUGUAUAAUAAUGAUCCUGAUCUAGUAUAUAUGACUUCAUUAAUGCAAAAACCAAGUGGCGAAUCUAUGCGAGAAACAAUUCGUCGACGAGCUGGUCUACGUGGAACAUUUGCCGUACAUCGAAAUCCAUUAAUAACAAAUUCUAAUCAACAACAACCACCACCACCACCACAACAACAACAACAACAACAACAAUAUAAUUCUCGAGAGAAAUCAUCGACUAUGAGUCGAAAUUGUUUAAUGCAUAAUACGAUUAUUGCAGUUACGCCACCAGCAUCACCCGAUAGAAUCGAUCAUGAUAUUCUUAAACAUGUAUCACGUAUUCGAAGACGAAGUGUAUCUAGAGAUGUUUUAAACAGAUCACCAAGAGCAAAUACAGCUUCUAUUAUUAGUUCAUCGUCAAGAAUGAAUACAGCUUCUAUUAUUAGUUCGUCAUCAAGAAUGAAUACAAGUUCUGUUACUAGUUCUUCGCCGUUAAGAAUAAAUUCGAUGUCUAUUACUAAUUCUACACCACCAAGAUUUAGUGCUAUUUCAAAUGUUAGUUCAAUUUACAGAGCUAACACUAUUUCUGUUGCUGGUUCGCCAUUAAGAAUGAGUAGUAAUAAUAAUUAUUCUUAUAAACAAAAUUCAAGCAAAAAACCAUUAAAAGCAAUGAGCCUAGAACCGCUUGAACUUCUCUUAGCAUCAGCAUCCAAUUCUACAUCGAUAGGUAAAUGUGAUUUACCCACAAUAAAGACAUCAUCAGCGAGUCGCAAUGUGAUAAUUUCAACAAAACGAACUAAAUCAGCUACAACUCCAAUUGUUAAAACUUCCAAUACAACUACUUUACCAUUAAAAGAACAUGCAAUUUUAUCAACAGGGUUUCGUGACGAAAGUUUAUUUUCAAUUAAAACAUCUACAAUAGCUGCAGUACGUCAAUCGAAUUCAUUUGAUUCCGGCUAUUUUGAUCGCAGUAGUAGUGGGGGUGACAUGCAAAGUUUAACAUCUUCAAGUCUUAUACAAAUACAAAAUUCGAUUCCAUCAGGUCGAUUAAAUAGUUCAAUAGCACGUCGUUCAAAUACAAACAAAAAAGUUUCAUUCUCUGAAGAGCCCACAGCAGUUAUACUAACAACAGCAACUUAUGUAUAA